AUAUGAGCAGCCAACCUCAUUCUUCUUGAGAAGGUAGCGCCGAAGUUUGCAUCUUUCGUGCAACCGGCAAUGGCUGACGUAGAACACGAUGUAGCGGCAGGGCAGCCAAAGAAGAGAACAUUCAAGAAGUUCAGCUUCAGAGGUGUAGAUCUUGAUUCCCUCCUUGAUAUGUCUACUGAUGAAUGAUGAUCUCGUCAAGCUCUUCAGUGCACGUGCCCGCAGAAAGCUUGGGAGAGGUUUGAAAAGAAAGCCUUUGGCUUUGAUUAAGAAGCUUCGCAAAGCGAAACUAGAGGCCCCACAAGGGGAGAAGCCGGGUCCAGUGAAAACUCAUUUGAGGAAUAUGAUUAUUGUUCCAGAGAUGAUAGGCAGUGUUAUUGGAGUUUAUAACGGGAAAACUUUUAACCAGAUUGAAGUGAAGCCAGAGAUGAUAGGGCAUUACUUGGCUGAGUUCUCCAUCUCAUACAAGCCUGUCAAGCACGGUAGGCCCGGUAUUGGUGCUACUCACUCAUCAAGGUUCAUCCCACUUAAGUGAUGC